AUGAAAUUUUUUAAGAAAAGCUUGAAAUAUUAGAGACUUUAACUGUAAUAUUUAAUUGGACAUUCAUAAGUAGUUUUAGAACAAGAAAAUAAAUUAUUUUGGGCCUUGUGUGAAUUUAUCAGGAUGUUUUAGACCAUAGCAUUAGUUUUGCUAUAUCAGUAAAUAAUUCGAAUGUUGAAUAUCAAUAAAAAAUUUAAAGAACCAACUGAUACUUAAGAUAAGAUAGAAUUAAUAAGCAGAAUAACUAUGCCAACAAUUUUAAUUUUAGAAUAUUUAUCAUAAGAGUAAAUAAUAUAUUUCUAGUUGAUAUUUUUGACGUUUCUUUUUCUAAUGUUAUUAAUUAAUGUAGUUGCUGUAAGAAUAGAUUAUCUUCAUUUUAAAGAGAUCAAAUUUCAAAAUAAAAAUUAAUUUAACAAGGCAGAUGGAAAUAGUUUUUGUAUAUUUAUUUUAUGAUAUUUUUUAGAAUCCCUCAAUCUAUUAAAUAGCACUUACAAUGAAAAUGAUUUUAUUGAACAUUUCUUAUUGAAAUAACUAAUGAUUACAGAUAAUGGGUCAUUAAUUGAAAUGUAUUUGUACAGAACAUCUUUAUUAACUAAUUAUUUUACUCAUAUCUUAUUUUUGCCAUAAAUCUAUUGGAUAGCAAUAAUAUUCUACAGAAUAUUUACAUCAUCUAACUACUAAGUUGCUUUAUUUGCUUUAAAUUUUACUCUUAAUUUGAUUCAAUUAUUAUUUUUAAUAAUUUUAGAAGCUUUAUCUUUAUAUAUGCAAUAAUCAUAUAGAUUAAAAGAUACUAAUUAUUUAAGAUUAAGGGUUACAACAUCUUUUAAAAUAGGAUAAAUUCUUAGAAUUCUACCUACAGUAUUAUAUUUUUGUGUUUUGUACUUUAUGGAUCAUGAAACAAUCUAUGACAAUUUGAUAUUUUAAUAAAUAAUAAGUUGUUUUGUACUUUUGAAUCUAUUAUUUGAUUUGUAAGAUUAAUCAUAAAAUGUUCCUUUUGUAUAACCAUUCAAAAUAUAUGUCUUUCAUUUUGCCUUUUCAUUUACUUUUGGAAUAAUCUUUACUAAAUUAUUGCAAUUUUCUAUAACAGACAUUAUAACACUAACAUUAAUGAGUAUGCCGUGUACAUGCAAAAUGCUUAAUCAAUUAACAGAUUAUCAUUUUAAGAAUAUUGUAAUGAAAACACUACAUGCAGAAAAUAUGCCUUUAAAAUAAAAAGCCUUAAAAAGAAAUUCAUAAACUAUAACAAAAUCUAUGGCUGUUAAUGAUGAAAUUCAUCAAAUUGAAAAACUUAUUUGGUUUUAAAAGCUAGAAUAAGUUAAUAAUAUUAGAUUUAGUAAUAAUAAAUAUUUUUUGUAAUUUGUGCGUUUAUAUGAAUUAUAAGGUAUUCAAAAACAAUAAGCGUAUUCUUCAUCUGAGGUAUUAAAUCCAAAUUAAUCCAAAUUUUUGAUGCAAUGUAUUAUUCUAAUCAAAACUCAUAUUGAAUAAUGUAACAAUCUCUAUUGCUUUUGUAGAGGGUUUAUGGGUGAAAAAAAAUAAAGUUUAGAAUUAAAUCAUAAUGAUCAAUAAAUGAAAAUAUUUUCUGACUAUUCUUAAUAAAAUUUAUUAGUAUCAGUUGAUUUAAUCGAUAGAUACAUUAGAUAUUAUAUAAAACUGAUUUUGAAUAUAGAAAUUUAUGUUACGCAGCCAAAUUUAACUUAUAUAACUUAAUUAAUUAGUUACAUAGGUUAAUCUGAAGAAUGCUAUUAGACAUGGCUAUAAAUUAUGGAAGUGAAAUUAUAACUGUAAGAAUAAAAAAAGCCAUAUGAUCAAAUUGUUAUUAAUUUAAUGGCCAGUUAUAUAAAAUUUUUGACACUUCAAAGAACACAAUCCCAUUUGGAUGAAUUACAAAUAAAAAAAACUAUUUAAUAUGGAGAUUAUAGAAGUACUGAACAUUAAAGAAAUCAUUUCUUUAAUAAAAUAAUAGAAUGUUUAUAAAUGAAAUAAAAUUAUUUAAUAAAAUUAAGUAGCAACAAAUUAAAUUACGAGGAAGUUCAAUAAAUUUACAUAGAUUAAAAUAUAAUACUUGAUAAAUUAUAAAAUAAUUUGAUGCAAUUUUACAAUCAAUCUUAAUGUAGAACUUCAACGUUAUUAUUAAUGUUUUUUUACUUAGAAGUACGUUGUGAUUACUUUUCAUUUUAGCAAUAUAAAAAUGUAAAAAAAUAUUUUGUUAAUUUUAGAGUCUCAAAUCGAAGGAGACUAAAUUUUUUGAAAUCUUAACACUUUCUCAUCAAUCUUAAAGUGUAAGUUAUCUAAAGAUUAAUCUCUCUAGAUUUUCUAAAUAUAAAUGUAGAGGAGAGAUCUUAUCACGAUCAGAUAACUCAUAUAACUUUUUUGGUUUUUAAAGCAUGGAUGAUUUUUGCAACUAAAUUUAGACUGUUCAUUAGUUAGUACCACCUUUAAUUGCUAAAGUGCAUAAUACCAUAAUGGAAUUAUUUUUAAUGAGUAGUAGACCAAAUGUUCUGAGGUAAGAACGUCAUUUAAUAGCACAAAAAGCAAAUUAAGAGAUUGUAUUUGUGGAAAUGUUUAUUGAUGUAUGUUUUAUUAUAACUUCUACACAAUUUCCUGUUUAUUGUUUUAUGAAGGAACUUAAGCCAAUUGGAAAAUUUGAGAAUAUUCGUGGUCAUAUAAUUAUUGAUGAUUAUGAAAUAAUUUAAGGUAUAAGUUCUUAUGCUUAUUAAUCUUUUUUUCUCGAUUCCGCAUAGGAAAUUUGCAAUAAAGAAAUUUCCAAGUUUUAUAGUGACUUCAAUGAAAAUGUUUAAAAGCUUAAUUUAAUGAUGGAUACAAAAUCAAUGCAUCAAAAACACAAAAAAACUUAAUAAAUAGCUAGUCCAUCAAAUAAACGACAAAAGAUGAAUAAAUCAGUUUAUAAUCAUUAUAAACUCAGGUUAGAAGAUCAAUUAUUUGUAAUAAAUUCAUAGAAUAAGUUUCUUAUAGAUUUAACAUUGACUUUAACUUAUGGAAUAGUUAAUACUAAAAUUUCUAAAGUAUAAUUAUUAAUUUAAUUUAUAAUUUGUAUAGUUUUACACUAUAGAGUUUAAUAAAGUGCAUCAGCUUGAACUUACAGAUAACAACUCUAGUGAUUAUUCUAUCAACCUUUAAGACAGUAAUAGGUAAUCUUCCAAAAAAACUGACUCUCUUCAGAAUAUUUAAUAAAAUGAGAAAGCAAGUAGUGAAUCUUCUAUAAAGAUGAACCAUUAUUCUUUUCCUUAAAUUAAUGAACAAUGUAUUACUGAGUCUUAGAAUUAAAUAUAAUAAUUGAAUCAAGCUCCUACAUUUUUGGAAAGGAAAAGAACUACUUUAAUAAAAAUGGAAAGAAAAUCCAAGUAUUUUGCUAGCAAAGGUAAUGCUCGCAUAUCAAAUUCAGAUAAUUAAAAGAAUAAUGAAUUUUAUUCAAACUAAGAUUAUCUAUAAGCUUCAGCAUCUUCCUAAAAGUAAUAAUCUGAAGGAUCAAAGUUUCUCUUUAAAGGUGUUUAAUAUUACGAAUUUUGUAAUUCAAAUAAUGAGAAAAUAUUAUAUACUUUACAUUUAAUUAAUGCAAUAAUCUUUGUAAUCAUUAUAGCAUUUUUACUCAUGUAUUAAUUAAGAUACAAAUCAGAGUGUGAAAUAAUAAUACCAACUUUUGAAAUCUUAAAAGCAUUUACAUCAACAAAUUAUGUAGAUAGCAUUUAAUUAUCAUUAAUUUCUCAUAUUCCUAAUAUUCAAUAGAUAGAUCAAUUUUAUAAACAUUUGAAUCAUUUAUUAAUAGAACACUCAUAAAACUUUAUAGAAUAACAAAAAAAUUAUUUAUUAACAUCUCAAAUACAAGAUGUCCUGAAAAAUGUAGAUAGUUAAGAGCAAAAUUAAACAAAAAUAGAUGUUUUAUAUUUGACAUUGACAGUAUUGUAUGAUUAAUUAGAUUUUAUUCAGAAUCAAAAUUUAAUUUAGAUUGAUGAAGAGCCUACUUUUGUAAAACUAUUGAAAGAAUUCCCAAUCUAUAAAUAGGUUUAUAAAGAGAUUAAUCAAUAAUUUCGAGAGUAGGUUUAAGCAUCAAUUAAUAAUUUUAAUGAUUCUUAACGUACUCUUAUCUUUGCUUUAGUUAUUUUAAGUUUUAUCAUUUCAGUUGUUUCUUUAAUUGCUUAUUAUAAUUAUUUCAAAUAUUUAAAGAAAAUCACUAGAUGUAGUGAAUAAGUUUCAAUAGAUUGUAUUGAUAGAGAAGUCAAUUUUUGUGCAAAUGUAAUAAAUAAUAAAUAAGUAAGAUAUUUUAAAUUUUUAUUAGAAACUUAAUAUUUAUGAGUUUAAAAUGGAUUUUACAUUACAUUAAGAUAAUUAAACUCAUUAUUCAAGUUUUAGGCCAUUAAAAAAUAAUGGAUUAUAAAAAAUUAAGAGAUAUUUGAAUUUAAAAGAUGACUUUACUAUUGGACGAACUCUAAACUUUCUUUAUCCUUUAUUAUGUUUAGCUUUGGUAUUAAUUUAUCUUCUAUCAACUUACUUUGAAACUCUUGAAGUAAUGUAAUCAUUAUUGGCUAAAAUUGAAAUUUAUGAUUAAAGUAUUAAAUAUUUAGAAUCGUUUUCUAUAUUGUGUUAGAGUAGUAUAGUCUAUGAGAAUAAGAAUUAUUUAAUAAAUAGUAACUAUCUAACAAGUUAGUAAUUACAAGAGUAUUACAACUAAAUUGAUUCAUCAUUAACCAAUCUAUAAGAAUCAAGUAAAGUUAGAUAUAUUUAUUAUAGAUUUCAGAAGUACUCAAAGUAAUGAUUACUUGAAAGAUAACAUAUGCAAAAUUUUGAUAGUAUAAAUAGAUAAUUAAAUCUGUGAAUAAGUGCAUCAAGGUUUAUUAUAGAAUGGAAUAUUGGAAUCAGUAUAGUAUUAUUUGGUUCAUUAUAUGAAUAACUAUAUUUCAAAUUUUGAAGAUACCAUUAAUUAUACUACAUCAGAAGAUGCAGUAGCAAUAAGUUAUAUAAUUAAAGGAAUAAAUAAUUUUAUGGAUUAAUAAAAAUUAGACUUAGAAAAUUUUAUCAAUGAUAAUUAUAAUAGCCAAUUGGAUUGGUUUAUUUUUAUAAUAUCAUUUGCCAUAGUUCUUUAAAUUACUUUAUGGCUUGUUUAAUCUUGGAAUCUAAAACAAAAAUUACGAUUAUUAAAGCAAUUUGUCUUUUUAUUACCUAGAAGUAGUUUAUACAUGAAUGAUAGUUUUUUGAAGACAUUAAAUUAUGUUUAAAGACAUUAAAACGAUAUAUGGUAAUGA